AUGGAACUUGACCUGUUGAAAAUCACAGCGAGUGAGCUGCAGCGCCUACUAAGUGUCGGACGCAUCACCAGCCUCGAUCUCGUACGCCAAUACCACGCUCAGAUCCUCAAACACAACGACAGACUUAAGGCUAUGAUAUCGAUAUCGCCGCUUCCACAUCUGGAGAAAAUUGCGGCUAAGCUGGAUGAUGAAAGACGGAGGGGGGUUGUGAGGAGUGGGAUGCAUGGUAUACCGUUUGUUGUUAAGGAUGCCAUGGAUACGUCAAGCGAGUUCCAUCUCGAAUCCACAAACGGUGGGUGGGCGUUUGUGGGCUCUCAGCCGAGAGAGACUGCUAGGGUUGUUAGGAUGGCGGUGGAUGCUGGACUUAUUCUGAUGGGGAAGGCGAAUCUCUCUCAAUACGGAAACUGGAAGGCGUCCGGUAUGAGCGGCGGCUGGUCUGCACGUGGAGGCCAGACACAAUCCGUAUAUGUGCGCGGCGGUGUAGUCGACGAUGGUAUCUACGGCCAUUCAAACCCAUCUGGAUCGUCAACAGGAUCGGCUGUAGCCGUGAGUGCAGGCUUUGCGCCUGUAUCCAUUGGUGCUGACUUCAAUGGUUCUCUCACGAACCCCGCUACCCGUGCUGCCUUGUACACUAUUCGUACUACGCCUGGUAUUGUGUCAGAACACCGAGGGUUUCCAUUCUCCAAGAACCGGGACAGUCUCGGCCCCAUGGCGAAAACUACCGAUGAUCUCGUCAACUUGCUCAACGUCAUCGUGGAUCUUUCACAUCCGGAAGUGCCCGACGAAGGUUAUAAUACCUCCUUUUCUCGCGACUGGAAAGAUAUCUCUUUCGCCACCCUGGACCCACACCACUGGCAUCUACCAGAAGCCGUUCAGAGGCCGCAACCUGGGGCGUUGGAUCAAAUCAACCAUGCCUUACUCAGCGAGCAGAUACGCGAGACACUUGCGGCCUACAAAAAGAUCGCAAGCCUCGCUAAACGCGUCGUCGGCCCAGUCAACCUCAUCUCAGACGAGACAUUAGAUAAAAGCAUAGACGACGUCUUAACCACAAUCAGUCAGCUCAAGAACACCUAG